AUGGCCGCUUCCACCAUCCCCCCGCGCACAGAGAGCGAUGCCUUUGGCGAGAUCCAGGUCCCUGGCGACAAGUACUGGGGCGCCCAGACGGAGCGGUCCCUCGAAAACUUUCGCAUCAACCAGCCGCAGGACCGCAUGCCGCCGCCCGUGAUCAAGGCCUUUGGCAUUCUCAAGGGCGCCGCGGCCACGGUCAACAUUCGAUAUGGCCUUGAUGCCAAGAUUGGCCAGGCCAUUCAGCAGGCCGCCAAAGAGGUGGCCGAUGGCAAGCUCAUGGACCACUUCCCGCUCGUCGUCUGGCAGACGGGUUCCGGCACGCAGUCCAACAUGAAUGCCAACGAGGUCAUUUCGAACCGCGCCAUUGAGAUCCUCGGCGGCACCAUGGGCAGCAAGUCGCCCGUGCACCCCAACGACCACGUCAACCGCAGCGCCUCGUCCAACGACACGUUCCCGACCGUCAUGCACAUUGCCGCCGUCCUCGACCUCGAGGGCGAGCUGCUGCCCGCCCUGCGCAGCCUCCGCGCCGCCCUCCAGGCCAAAGUCGACGCCUUUGCCGCCAAGAAGAUUAUCAAGAUUGGCCGCACCCACCUGCAGGAUGCCACGCCGCUGACCCUCGCCCAGGAGUUUUCCGGCUACGUGGCGCAGCUCGACUUCAGCAUCAAGCGCGUCGAGGGCGCGCUGCCCGACCUCCGUCUGCUCGCCCAGGGCGGCACCGCCGUCGGCACCGGCAUCAACACGUUUGUGGGCUUUGCCGAGGCCAUCGCCGACGAGGUCAGCCGCAUGACGGGCACCGCGUUCAAGACGGCGCCCAACAAGUUCGAGGCGCUCGCCGCCCACGACGCCAUUGUCCAGGCCCACGGCAGCCUCAACACGCUCGCCGGAUCGCUCACCAAGAUUGCCCAGGAUAUCCGCUACCUCGGCAGCGGUCCCCGCUGCGGCCUCGGCGAGCUCAACCUGCCCGAGAACGAGCCCGGCAGCAGCAUCAUGCCGGGCAAGGUCAACCCGACCCAGUGCGAGGCCCUCACCAUGGUCUGCGCCCAGGUCAUGGGCAACAAUGUUGCGACCACGAUUGGUGGCAUGAAUGGCCAGUUUGAGCUCAACGUGUACAAGCCCCUCAUCAUUCGGAACCUUCUCCAUAGCUCGCGCAUCCUCGCCGACGGCAUGCGCUCGUUUGAGAAGAACCUCGUCGUCGGUCUGCAGGCCAACGAGGCCAAGAUUGCCAGCAUCAUGAAGGAAUCUCUUAUGCUGGUGACUUGCCUCAACCCCAAGAUUGGCUAUGACAUGGCCAGCAAGGUGGCCAAGAAUGCGCACAAAAAGGGCCUCACUCUCAAGGAGAGUGCCAUGGAGCUCAAGGCUCUGACGUCGGACGAGUUUGACGCUCUGGUCAAGCCUGAGCUGAUGGUUGUGCCCAGCGAGUACAAGCAGUAA